AUGAUCCCCAAGUCCAGAUCAAAGUUUCAUUCAACUUUGGAACCUAAUGAUGCAGUGGAUAAAUCUUCUGAGAAGCGUAAAGCUGAACGUAAUCAACGAGAGAAAUUGAAUGCUAGGAAUGCCAUCGCGGAGAAAGCCCGACAAGAAAUUGAAGAACGAGAAAUGCUGGGAAGUGCCAGUCAAGAUACUAAAAUUCCAUUAUCAGUUGGAAGUGGAAAGACCCAAAAGUCCCUUGCAAGUGGUUGCUUCGACGGCAACAGUAGCAUUGAUUGUGUUGUUGAAAGCUCCACCCUGGCACAGGAAAAGACCGAAGUAUACUUUUCAAACGCCAUGUUCGAGAUCAAGGCAAGUCCCGGAAAAGGUCUUGGGGCUUUCGCCACACAAGAUAUCAAAAAAGAAACAAAGGUUUUGAGAGAAGCGCCUGUGAUGAACUGUGGUACGCACUGGCUCCUAAAAGAGGUAUUCUUCAUGUCACCCAAUGAGGAAAAGAAGAAAUUUCUCAGGUCUCUUCAUAGUCAUUGUAUCUGCAGUGAAAAGCCAUGCCGAGAAACAACACUCAUGAAGAUUUACGAUCUCAAUAGCUUCGAUAUCGUCAACGACAAACCGGAACGCACAAAUUACAUUUACCACUUUUCAUCACGCAUCAACCACGAGUGUCUCCCUAGCAUGGCUCGAAGAGACACCAAGAAUGGAGAUUUGGUCUCUAGUGCUACUAUGAAAUAUGCUCCUUGGAUCAUCGCCAACGAAAGUGGAUCUGAGAUUCUCAAUAAGCCAACUAUGGAGGAGAUGCAAACCGCGAAGCUAGUCGAAAGCUGGUUUGAGAGUGUCUCCAAAGUAGCAGAAAAGGCCGGACAAGGUAUGGCGAUCGCUAUCGGCAAUGAUCUUCUGCGAAGCCAAAGCACCCAGGAGCGACGACACCUUAUUGUUGAAAAUACAAUGCAAAUAUUUGACGCUUAUUUGCGAAAGAACAACCCCUAUGGAUUGAGCGAUGAGAUCAUUUCUGCCUACCGAUACCGAGCAAAUACUUCAACUUUCGGCGCUGCAAGUCAAGUUUUCAACAACAUGGAGAGGAAGAUGGGAAUUUCUCCAGAAGAAUUCUGA